UGUGUCGUUUUUUGUUGGAAGACAUCCAAUGGCCACGUUCAACAGAACGUUAAUUUGCAACUAUUGGAAGUUUUCUCAGCUGAGAUUGGAUUAUUCUUUUAGAUCUACAGGAAUAAUCCAGUGUCAGCACAGGAAACUUUCAACAGUUGCAAACUACACGUUCCGCCGAACGCGGCUAAUGUUUUCCAACAUUUCGAGCGUACUCAAAAAGUUUAACAUAACUUAUUAACUCAACAUAUAGUGAUGAAAUACAAAUAAACGCGAUAAAUUCGUUAUUGAUAAAUAACAGAUAUUUAUGUAAAAAUGGACCAAAUGAAGAUUGUUUUGAGUUCUAUCGUGAAAUCCUUCUUAGAACCACUUUCUUAUAUUUAUGAAGACGAAGACGAAGGCAUUUUAGAAUUACUGGUAGAGCAAAUAAAUACUACUUCCGCAAUAGAAAAUCAUAGCCGACGGAUUCCUCAGAUUGACGAUUAUGUCGAACACAUAGUACCAUCGCUGAGCAGUGUAGAAUUCCAAUAUAACUUUCGAAUGAAACCUUCGACGUUUGAGUUUCUUUUGCAUGAGAUUGGAGAAAAACUAAUUCGCAGCAGGCAUGGAAAUGACAUGGUACCUGCGGAUAAGCAACUUCUGCUAACCCUGUGGCGUUUUGCAACUCCAGAUCCAUACAGUUCGUUAAAUCAACGAUUCAACGUAGGUCAAGCUACAGCUAUAAGAACUGUGCGUCGUGUAAGCAAAGCGAUAUGUACACUCUCGCCAAAAUAUAUAGUAUGGCCUUCAGGAAGUAAAGUAUCAGACGUUACGCUUGGCUUCUCUCAAAUAAGUGGUCUCCCUGAUAUCAUUGGAAUCAUAGAUGGUACUCACGUUAAUAUUCCUAUACCUAAGAAAAAUCCAGAAGCUUUUGUAAAUUUGAAAGGUUACCAUUCAGUUCAUCUUCAGGCUGUUUGUGAUCAUGUGGGAUGCUUCACAAAUAUUUAUGUUGGAAAUAUGGGCUCUAUAUGUGACGAAAGUGCUUUUUCUUUAUCUCCUCUUCAAGAAUAUAUCAAUGACACGGAGAAGUUUCCAAAUAAUACGCAUUUAAUCGGAGAUACAGGUUACAAACUACAUCAACGUCUCUUGACUCCAUAUCUUAAUGAUGGACAGCUCACGGAAUGUGAGAAGAAUUACAAUUCUUGCCAUUUUGCCAGUAGAAUGGUAAUCAAGAAAGCAUUUGCUCAUCUAAGAUGUCGUUGGAAAAGUCUUCAGCGUGUUUUGGGAAUAACUCAGAUGGAUUAUAUAUCUUGUCAUAUAUUAGCGUGUUGUGUGCUACACAAUAUUUGUUUACUAAAAGAAGACAAACUGGAAGGGCUGAAAGAUGCAGCAUUGGAGCUGCAAGAUGAAAAUAUUGUGGAAGAAACAGUUCUGUCAAGUGCAAAGGUUCAAGACAGUAGCAGAGAUAUCGCAGAAGAUAAGCGAGAUUUAAUAUGUAGUAAUUUAUACAAAUCAAAGAAUAGGCAUGUAAAAAAGUGAAUACUUUAUUCAAAUAAAUAUGGGGGGGGGGGAUCAUUUAAUAAUUCGUGUAAUACUACAGGAAAGGGAACAUUGGCCACGUUCAACAGAACAUUUAGUUUGCAACUGUUGGAAGUUUCCUGUGCUGACAUUGGAUUAUUCCUGUAGAUCUAAAAGAAUAAUCCAAUCUCAGCUCAGAAAACUGCCAACAGUUGCAAAUUAAACAUUCUGCUGAACGUGACCAUUAAUUUCUACGAUGGCUUUGAUGAUGGCAGAGGGGGAAGCAAAGGCUAUGAAAUAUCAUAUUAAAUUUUCAUGUUUAUUUUCAGCCUGAAUUUAAAAAAAUUUAAUAAUAUAGAGAUAUCUAAUAAUGUAAUAUAGUGACGAGGGAGUAAUUCCAUAUGUAACAUAAUAUUGGAAAGGGGUUCAAAUGUUUGUGAUGAAAUGUGACGAAGGAGAAAAGGGGAGGAUUAAGAAAUAUUAAAAUUUUAUAAGACGUAAUCAUUGAAUGGUUCAAUUUGUAAUAUACAUGGCUCCCUGAGUUGAUUGAU